AUGGCUUCGGUUAACUCUUCGAAGUCCCAUCGAUUCGUUGAUUUCCUCCCUUCAAUUAGGCCAUCUUUUCUUUCAGUGGUGCUACUUUUUGCUUGCGGAUGUCUCUGGGUGAGGAAUGAAACAACCAACGAGCGACUGAUAACAUUGGAAACGCGCAUCAACAUGUCUCCAGUGGUUCUUGUUGAUACCGGCUGCACUACGGAAAAUAGUGAAAGAACGACUCGUAGGCCAAAAGAAGAUUCCACGAGAAAUCUUUUAAUGAAAAUUCAGAGAGAAAGGAAGUUCAGCGAUACAUCAGGUUAGGGGUUAGAUCAUUAGAGUACAAAAAAAUUUCCCUCAUUUUUUUUUUUUAACUAAGCUUAUUAUUUGGGGAAUUACAUAUAAGCCAUACAAGCGUUUGCGGAGCCAGCGGGAAUGGUUUUUAGCUCCUACCUUUUGGACUGAAAUAGGGCAAAAUUUUGUGCUUGCUGGAACCAGGGCCUGGAAAUCGGUAUGCUCUUUUAUGAUGUGUCUCUUGAGAAACGGGUAAUGUUUCAGUUCUGCGGUAUGUCGCACACCCCCGAUUGACAUUUUCCUGAAAUAUCUCAGGAAGCUUAUACCGAAUAUUAUGUGGGCGAGUUACGUGACCCUGUGUUCGAGUCUCAAAAUUGUUUGCUUAAUCUUGUAAGUUCAAAUCAUUGAACAAUACGUGCAUAUUAUAAGGAUAUUAUGAGCAGACAGCAAUGCUCCACCGGCUUUAUAUAUUGCUUUGUAUAUUGCUAUUGAAGUAGAUAAUGACGAUAUGCUAAUAAGUCCUAAACAAAAGGUAAAAGAAAAGUUAAGCGGACAAUUCAUUAAAAUAAUAUGAAGUAUCCUCCGUUAAAGAACUGAAAAUCUUGCAAUCAGGCCAACUUUGUUCAACCAAUCUCAAAUCAGUUCGGACAGACUGAAUAUUUCCGAAUUAGGAUGCCUCUUGUAGCCUUUACGCAAAAAGGGAAGCUAUACAUGCAGUUUUUUAUUACUCUGAACAGCUAAAAUUUGUUCUGUUUCAUUUUUUUUCUUUUUUCAUGUCUUCGGGUUUUGCGAUAGUCAGCGGAUUGCUUUUUGAACGGAUGGGUUAAAUCUUUUCAAGAUCAAACUUUUUUUUGUUAAAUUUGCUUUCCUUUAGAUUCAAUUUUUUGAUUCUUUGACAAGAUGACUAAUGAUGCUAUGACAGGAAAGGUUAAUUAUAGUUUUAUUUCCACAUAGAGCUAUUUAUCAUAAUUGCGGCCUAUUAAAAUAUAUGCUUUUACAUAUAUGAAAAUUAGCCUUUCUGACCUUGUUAGCAUGUGCAAAAUACAAAAGAAUUCUUACUUUCAAACGAGGCCAGAAAGACUAAUUAUCAUACAGAUAAAAGAAUGUAUCAAUAGGCCGCAAUUAUGAAAGAGGUCUAUACUUCGACUCAAACAUGGGGAAAUGAGGAACUUAUAUCCUCAGCUACAUAAGAAAAUCACUUGCUCUUAAAUUGAUCCUUCGAAUUCGUCCUCAAAUAAUGUACAGGGAAAUUUUGGCUGGGUAUUCAGAGGCUUUGAGAAAAUGAGAUCCAAUCAAGUCAUAAAUUUUACACUCAAAUUUGAAUUUUAAUCUGCAAACGACAUUAAAAAAAAAAAAAAAUGCUUUCAAGUGGUGGUUGGGCUACAAACGUUAAAGAAAACAAGACGAUGGAAUUUCGUGCCGACGAAGACUCAAUCAUAUCAGCGGAAAUUUUCUCAGCACUUAGUUUGCUUUUCCCUUAGCUUUAUCAGAUGAGUCAGAAGAUUGAAGAACAAGCGCAAAGUCAAGAAACCGGAGACAGGUUUUGAACGUGACUUCAGCAACCAUCAAUAUGCAUGACGUGUGUCAAGAAAUCACCAAACAGUUUGAACAACUAAUGCCCUCCAAGUACUGUAAGUCACAAGAGAGGGUAUGCCCUGCAGGUCCCCCCAGACUUUCUGGUCCCAUCGGUGCACAAGGACCACGUGGUAGGAGGGGACCUAGGGGAAAGAAAGGUAAUCGAGGUAGCUUUGGACCACCUGGAAAAUCAGGAAUGGCUGGACUUCCAGGAUCUAGGGGAGAAAAGGGUGACAAAGGCGAACCAGGAAUUCCAGGACCACCUGGGGGGCCUGGAGAAUCAAUAUCUGCUCCACAAGUGACGGUAUCACCUGCAAAUCAUACUAGAAAUGAAGGAAGAAAUACUGCGAUUUAUUGUACGGUUGGAGGAAACCCUACUCCUACUGUCGAAUGGCGAUUCAAGGGCAGAAAGCUUCUGUCGGGAGCAAAGUAUUUGGUUAAAAAAGCAGAGCUGAUCAUCAGGAAUCCGAAUUACAGCGAUGCUGGGCAGUACAAAUGUGCGGCAAGAAACAUUCUUGGAUCGUAUGAGGCGUCUGGUAAUUUGAAGGUUCGAGGUAAGAAGUACAAUAAGCUUUACUGCUUUGAAAAUUGAAAACCCUUUUGCAAGGCCGCUGACGAGCCAUCAGAAUUUAGUUACCAGCGUCAGAGGUGGGCCAUGUUUCCUGGCUGAUUGCUUAUCUUAUUAAAUGUGAUUUACAAUAGGGUCCUGUUACAUUGCUAUUGAAGGGGCAUGAAGUCCAGGAGGGUAACUGUCAUUAUAAAAAGGGUGGUGUGUUACAUGAGAGGCUUAGGCUGCAAAAAAAAUUCUGACCAGGAUGUGUUCUAAUCUUGUAUAUUACUUAUCACUGCCUGUCAGGAAACAACUAAUGUACCCUUUCCUGUCUCAGUAUCUAGUUUCACUUUCCAAGGGUGCGUGAUGAUCGUAAGCAACGGCUAGAAUUAAACCCUCGCGGGAGAUCCAUCAGAACGUAGCUCAAGCUUUAUUUGUCAAGUCAGCCACUGAAAUAAGAGAUGUUAGGAAGAUUUCUUGCAAUGAAGUUGCUGUCUUUGAAAGAUUUCUUUUUUUCUCUCCCGCUUCUCUACCCUUACCAUUUUUCCUCAGGAACCGAUUUAUCGGCUACUUGCUUUCUAUACCUUUGAUUAAUAUAGUCUUUAAUUUAUUCGUGAACAAUAAAAAGGGGGAGGGGAGGAGGGCUUACUAACUUUCUUCACCUGAAAAGGGGUGGGGGGGGGGGGGGGGCUUAAAAGGGGUUUUAGGGUUUUUUUUCAUACACAUUUUUGGGCAACUUCCUUUAUUCAAAAAAAAUUUUAAAUUCCCUUACAAAAAAAACUGGAGGAUUCAAGAAUCUUCAAUUUAAGAACCAAAAAAAAAAUAUUUGGAUUUUUUUUUUUUUUUAUAUUUGUAAUAGGAGAUGAUAGGAGAUUUAGUUGGCUAAAAAGAAAGGGGGGGGGGGAGUGGGGUGUGAAUUAGUAGUAGCAGAGGAGGGGGGGGGGGGGGGGGGUGGGGCUUAAUCGAGGAUUUACGGUAUUUCUACAUACACGAUUUUGAGCAACAUCCUGUAUACUAUAAAAAUUUUGAAGUUCCGUACUAAACAAACUGGAUGAUUCCAGAAUCUUCAAUUUAAGUACCCAAGCAAAACUAAUAAUGUGGUUUUUACUGAACUCACCAAAACUCACAUAGCUCACAUAGCCGCCUAUUCUGUUUAUAGUUUGGAAGACCGGUAAAAACUAUAGCUUUUUCAAGCCACAUCGUAUUGAUUCUUCGUCUGUUAGGUCUUCCGAUCUUUACCAAAAAACCCUCAUCACUGGCCUCAAAAAUGGAAUUCGCUGAAAUACAAGAAACUUGCCAGGCAGAAGGGUAUCCACCUCCCAAGUUGACCUGGAUCAGACUUGUUAUGCCUUUACCUGCCUUUACCUGCCUUUACCGAGGUUAA